UCCACAUAUUAGUCGUGAUCCGCGUGACUUCUGAAGACAUGAGAGGGCAUGGGAGGCUUUAGGGGAGCUUCCGUUUUUCUGGCGAGGUUUUAUUUUUGCCCGGGAAGCUAUCAGCCAGCGGAGAUCUGUGAGAAGGGAUAAGACCUCAGGGGAAGUACGAGGAAGAGCCUUCCGCGGCCCGCGACCGGGCGGCCGCUUCAGCGGCCGAGGCAGCGCCCAGCCGGCUCCAACGUGAAGCAGGAGCAAAGGCGUGGCCCGUGGACCCCGCCCCUCGCAGGCAACCACAGAGAAGCCGGACUGGGCCACGUCUGGGAAGAGGCAGGAAUCGGCGAAUCGUUUCUCCAAUAGAAAAGGAUGUGUUUGCGGACCAAUAGGUCGCCGAGAAUGACACCCGCCCACGCGCCUGCCAAGCCAAUCGGCUAGGAGCAGCGAGCGGCGGGGCUGGGUCGCUGCGGUCCCUUGGAGCCGCGCAGUAUGGCGGGCGGGGCCCGGGAAGUGCUCACACUGCAGUUGGGACACUUUGCCGGUUUCGUGGGCGCGCACUGGUGGAACCAGCAGGAUGCUGCGCUGGGCCGAGCAACCGAUGCCAAGGAGUCGCCGGGAGAGCUGUGCCCCGACGUCCUGUAUCGUACGGGCCGGACGCUGCACGGCCAGGAUACCUACACGCCGCGACUCAUCCUCAUGGAUCUGAAGGGUAGUUUGAGCUCCCUAAAAGAGGAAGGUGGACUCUACAGGGACAAACAGUUGGAUGCUGCAAUAGCAUGGCAGGGGAAGCUCACCACACACAAAGAGGAACUCUGUCCCAAGAAUCCUUAUCUCCAGGACUUUCUGAGUGCAGAGGGAGUGCUGAGUAGUGAUGGUGUUUGGAGGGUCAAAUCCAUUCCCAAUGGCAAAGGUUCCCCACCACUCACCACCGCUACAACUCCAAAACCACUUAUCCCUACAGAGGCCAGCAUCAGGGUCUGGUCAGACUUCCUCAGAGUCCAUCUCCAUCCCCGGAGCAUCUGUAUGAUUCAGAAGUACAACCACGAUGGGGAAGCAGGUCGGCUGGAAGCUUUUGGCCAAGGGGAAAGUGUCCUAAAGGAACCCAAGUACCAGGAAGAGCUGGAGGACAGGCUGCACUUCUACGUGGAGGAAUGUGACUACUUGCAGGGCUUCCAGAUCCUGUGUGACCUGCACGAUGGCUUCUCUGGGGUAGGCGCGAAGGCGGCAGAGCUGCUACAAGAUGAAUAUUCAGGGCGGGGAAUAAUAACGUGGGGCCUGCUACCUGGUCCCUACCAUCGUGGGGAGGCCCAGAGAAACAUCUAUCGUCUAUUAAACACAGCUUUUGGUCUCAUGCACCUGACUACUCACAGCUCUCUCGUCUGUCCCUUGUCGUUGGGUGGGAGCCUGGGCCUGCGACCUGAGCCACCUGUCAACUUCCCUUACCUGCAUUAUGAUGCCACUCUGCCCUUCCACUGCAGUGCCAUCCUGGCUACAGCCCUGGACACAGUCACUGUUCCUUAUCGCCUGUGUUCCUCUCCAGUUUCCAUGGUUCAUCUGGCUGACAUGCUGAGCUUCUGUGGGAAAAAGGUGGUGACAGCAGGAGCAACCAUUCCUUUCCCCUUGGCUCCAGGCCAGUCCCUUCCUGAUUCCCUGAUGCAGUUUGGAGGAGCCACCCCAUGGACCCCACUGUCUGCAUGUGGGGAACCUUCUGGAACACGUUGCUUUGCCCAGUCAGUGGUGCUGAGGGGUAUAGACAGAGCAUGCCACACGAGCCAGCUCACCCCAGGGACACCUCCACCCUCCUCCCUUCACACAUGUACCACUGGGGAAGAAGUCUUGGCUCAGUAUUUACAACAGCAGCAGCCUAGAGUCAUGAGUUCUUCCCAUCUGCUGCUGACUCCCUGCAGGGUGGCUCCUCCUUACCCCCACCUCUUCUCAAGCUGCAGUCCACAGGGUAUGGCUCUGGAUGGUUCCCCCAAGGGAGCAGCAGUGGAGACCAUCCCAGUAUUUGGGGCACUGUGUUCCUCUUCGUCCCUGCACCAGACCCUGGAGGCCUUGGCCAGAGACCUCACCAAACUUGACUUGCGGCGCUGGGCCAGCUUCAUGGAUGCUGGAGUGGAGCAUGAUGACGUAGCAGAACUCCUGCAGGAGCUACAAAGCCUGGCCCAGUGCUACCAGGGUGGUGACAGCCUCGUGGAGUAAAGUUCCCAGUGUGGGAGAGAGGAGCUAGUUUGCAAUAAAAACAGCUGGAUGCAGGAGCCCAGUGUCUUCGUGCAGAGGAGCUCAAUGUUGCAGGACUAGCUACACCAACAUAUGCACUUUUUACAUUUAGAAACACUGUGAUUAGACCACAGAACAAUAAAUAUGUGCCAUCAGACCAAAAAAAAGUAGAGAAAGGAGCUGAACUCCACUCUCACUCGAUACUAUUUACAGAGGAGAUCUGUAAGGUCUUCAUAAAAGACCUUGAAUGGUGCCUAGGAUGGCAGAGCCCCUGGGUCCUACUCCAUCCUCCAGCCUUUGUCCUCAUCCUGGGCUCCUCUCCUGGUCUGUAAACUGGGCGCAAGGACUGUACAAGCAGAGUACAACUACCCUCCUGCCUAAUGACAGGGCACCUGUUGGGUUUGGUCCUGCGUAGAUGAUACCCAAGUAUUCCCAGAGUCUCAUUCAUCCAGCUCCUCUUCAGACAGAAGGUCCCCACGGUCAGACAGCUGGUCUGCGUUGCUGGUACUGGUAGCAUCAUCCUCAUCCUCAGAGCUGGCUUCACAGGCAGUGUGGAAGAGCCGCAUGAGUUCUCGAAAACGGUGGGAGACCUAAGAAAGGAGCAGGGCUGUAUUCACUGAUCCUUAGUAACAUGUUAACAUUUAUGAAGCACUAAAUAUUGAUUUGCAAAAUCUUUUAUGUAUUC